AUGAGGCUCCCUGUGCUCCUGGCUGCCCUGGUGGCAGUGGCCACCUGCACCGAGACCUUCUUUGGGCACCAGGUGCUGCGUGUCGUCCCCCAGAGCAAUGAGGAGCUGCAGAAGGUGCAGGAGCUGCAGGACCUGGAGCAUCUGCAGCUGGAUUUCUGGCUGGCUCCCCGCAGGCUCGGCCUGCCCGUGGACAUCCGCGUGCCCUUCCGCAGCCUGCAGGCGGUCAAAGCCCACCUGGAGGCCUCUGGGGUCUCCUACUCCAUCAUGAUCGAGGAUGUGCAGGCCCUGCUGGAUGAAGAGCAGAUGGAGAUGCUCCGCAGCAGCCGCCAGCGGUCGGUCGACACCAGCACCUUCAACUACGAGGCCUACCACACCAUAGAUGAGAUCUACAAUUUCAUGGACUUGCUGGUGGCCGAGAACCCCAACCUGGUGAGCAAGCUGGAGAUUGGCCGUUCGACCGAGAACCGUCCCCUCUACGUGCUCAAGGUGAGGAUUUGGGGAUUGGGCACAAACCGCCCGGCCAUCUGGAUCGACACCGGGAUCCACUCCCGCGAGUGGGUGACACAGGCCAGCGGCGUCUGGUUCGCCAAGAAGAUCGUCCAGGAUCACGCGAAUAACGAAGGUGUGGCCUCCAUCCUGGAGACGAUGGACAUCUUCCUGGAGAUUGUCACCAACCCAGAUGGCUUUGCCUACACCCACACCACGAACCGCAUGUGGCGCAAGACCAGGUCCAAGCACGCGGGCGCCAUCUGUGUCGGAGUGGACCCCAACCGCAACUGGGACGCAGGUUUUGGAGAGGCCGGAGCCAGCGCAAACUCCUGCUCGGAGACGUACCACGGACCCUACCCCAACUCGGAGCCCGAGGUGAAAUCCAUCGUGGACUUUGUGAAGAGCCACGGCAACAUCAAGGCUUUUGUGUCCAUCCACAGCUAUUCCCAGCUCCUGCUCUACCCCUACGGCUACACCGAGACCCCGGCGCCAGAUGAGCAGGAACUGAAUGAGAUUUCUGCCAAGGCCGUGGCAGCUCUGUCCUCCCUGUACGGCACCAAGUUCACCUACGGCAGCAUCAUCACCACCAUCUACAGAGCCAGUGGAUCGACCGUGGACUGGACCUACAACCAGGGGAUUAAAUAUUCCUUCACCUUCGAGCUGCGGGACACGGGGCGCUAUGGGUUCCUGCUGCCCGCCAAGCAGAUCGUCCCCACCGCCCAGGAGACCUGGCUGGCACUGAAGGUCAUCAUGGAGCACGCCAGGGACAACAUCUACUGA